AUGGACAUCGUCUUUAUUUCUGACGAUGAAAGUCCAGCUGAAUUUGAUAAAUAUUUCAAAGAAAUGCCAUGGAAAGCAAUACCUUUCUCGGAACGCGAUCAUUCACGAAACUUAGGUGAAAUAUUCAAGGUCGAAAGCAUUCCAUCACUCAUUGUUCUAUCUCCAUCAUGUGACGCUCUCACUUCAAACGGUGUUGAAGAAGUCGAGUCACUAGGCAUAGAAGCAUUACACUUGUGGUCUCAAGGCAAAUCUCCUUUCUGGAGACGUACACCGCGUGAAGGCGAACCUGUUUGGAAUAAUAUCAUCUGCACUCAAUGCCACAUGCGUCCAUUAGUCGGUCGACGUCAUGGUUGCCCUCAUCAAGAGUGUAAUAUUAAUCUGUGUGAAGGAUGCAUCUCGAAGAAUGGUCACGAACAUCCUCUCGUUGAAUAUCUGUUUCCCGAGCAUCGCUAUUCUUUGAAACAAUUGUUUGCAUCAGUGCCAUAUUUACUUGCUCCCAACAAUGGAGACCAACUCGAAACAAAGAUAUUGUGGAAAGAUCAUAUCAAAAGUGUUGGACUAUAUUUUUCUGCGCACUGGUGCCCACCUUGCCGUCAAUUUACACCUCAAUUGGCUCAGCUCUACAAAGAAGCUCAAGCUAGCAAUCAUCAAUUUUCAUUAGUCUUUAUCUCAAGUGAUCGAGAUAAAACGUCGUUUGAUGAAUAUCGUGCUGAGAUGCCCUGGCCUGCCGUUCCUUUUAACUCGGUAGCUGUACUCGAGGAUUACUUCCAAUGCAUCCCAUCACUCUUAGUUAUCUCAGCUGAUGGAAAUAUUUUGACACGUCACGGCUGCGAUCAAGUAUCACGUAAAGGAGUUGAAGCUCUGAAAACAUGGGCCAAGGGUGAAACACUACCUCGUCCUCCAGCAGACAAGUUCGAAUGGUCACACGUAUCAUGCGAUAAAUGCCACAUGACACCAAUCAUCGGUCAACGAUAUCAUUGUUCAACAUGUAGUAACUAUGAUCUUUGUUCGGCUUGUGAAAAGAAAGGACAUGAACAUCCACUCCAAUUGAUCCAACAACCAAACGAUGAUGAUGACAAUUGA